AUGGUAGUUAAACUGGAUAUGAUGAAAGCAUAUGACAGAGUUUCUUGGUUGUUUUUGUCUAAGGUACUCAAGAAGUUUGGCUUCAGUGAAAGAAUUAUUGACACGGUGUUUAGGCUGGUUUCAAGUAAUUGGUACUCAGUGCUCAUAAAUGGCAAAGCACAUGGUUUCUUCACCUCUUUAAGAGGAGUUAAACAAGGAUAUCCACUAUCUCCUAUUUUGUUCAUUAUAUCAGCAGAAGUUCUCUCUAGAAAGAAAGAAUCAGUUAAGCUUAUGAUAAAGAAAAUUCAGCAGUAUGAGGAAGUGUUUGGACAGUUAGUCAAUUUGAAUAAGAGUGCUUUCUAUGUUCAUCAUAAAGUUUUUCAAACUAUGGUCAGAAGAAUAAUGGGAAUUACUAAGAUCAGAAAGGGAUCUUUUCCUUUUACUUAUCUUGGUUGCCCAAUAUACUAUGGCAGAAACAAGAUUGCAUGUUAUGAUGACAUAAUAAAGAAAAUAGGCAAAAGAAUACAAUCUUGGCAUGGGAAGAUGUUGUCCUAUGGUGGAAGGGCUGUAUUGAUUUCAAAUGUCCUGCAGAGUAUGCCUUUGCAUAUUCUUUCUGCUAUGAGCCCACCAAUUGGAGUGAUCAGACAUAUACACAGGCUUUUGGCUAGAUUUUUCUGGAAUUAUAAAAGUGAUACAAGGUGCAGACACUGGAUCAAAUGGGAGGCUGCUUGUCUACCAAAGGAAGAGAGUGACCUUGGUUUUAGAUUAGUUUUUGACAUGUCAAAUGCUUUGUUAUGCAAAUUAUGGGGGAACCUAAGAACAAAGCCUUUUCUAUGGGCUUCAUUCAUGAUCAACAAGUAUUGCAAGAAAUUGCAUCCUUUGAUAGCCAAUGCUAGGGGAGGAUCCCGUGCAUUAUAUCAUGUUGUGGAAGAAAAUCAUGCAGAAGAGGAGAUUGAAGUCAAACAGUUUAGUAGCGGAGGAGAAUGGGAUUUGAUUGCUUUGAGAGAACAGCUUUCUGAGGAUAUUGUUCAACAUAUAAUGCAAAAUAUCUCUCCACCAGUAGAUACAUUACCUUUGGACAAAACCUGGUGGAUGUUGGAACAAAAUGGUAAGUUUUCUGUCAAAAGUGCAUGGAAUUAUAUUAGACAGAAGGAUGAGAGGGAAGAUAUUUACAAGUAUAUGUGGGAGAGAGGACUUCCUUUCAAGCUGUCAUUCUUUAUAUGGAGAGCAUGGAAUUUUAAGCUGCCAAUAGAUCAGGUUCUUCACAGUUUGGGAGUGAGCAUGCCAUCAAAGUGUUGGUGUUGCCAAGAACCAAAAGAAGAAACCAUGUCACAUCUUUUUCUAACCUCUCUAGUAGCUACCAAGCUAUGGAGAAUGUUUGUUUCAUGUGCAGGUAUCAAUAUUGAAGGCUUGCAGCUUAGUCAAGUGAUUAUAAAAUGUUGGAAACAUGGACCUACUAAGGUGCAACAACUGUUGAAGGCUAUACCAGCAGUUAUCAUGUGGGAAAUUUGGAAGAGAAGAAAUAAAAUCAAGCAUGGAGGAAACAUGACAAUUUCUAGGUUGGAAUAUCAGGUUCAUAAAACUAUUUGGCAACUGGUGAGGGUCAAGUUUUCAAGACUAGCUCAUGUACCACCAGGAUGGCCAGAGUUGUUGGAUUGCUUAGAAACAUGGAGGCCAAUUUUGCAUUACAAGAAAAUCAUAUGGCAAGCACCAGCAGAGGGACAUAUAAAGAUCAACACAUAUGGAGCUAGUAGGGCUCAAGAGAAUACUGCAAGCAGUUCAACACCAUGGCAUCUUAUUACAAUAAUAGAAGACAUACAAAAGUUUAUGCAAUUAUGUUCAGUACAUUUGCAGCAUAUCUAUAGGGAAGGAAACAAGAUUGCAGAUUACCUAGCUAACAUGGCUUUGGACACAGGCAGCAAGUUGGAGAUAAAUGGAUUUUAA